AUGGAUGUCUUUCAUGCCUACACCUAUUCGACAGCCGGAUGGCUGCUCAUGCAAAGCUUAACUCUCAUUGCUGGUCCGAGCAUGAUCGUGACCAUGCUGUUGGACGAGACCCGACCUGCCUCCCCUAUGGAGCUCUACUUUGCCCGAUGUCUGGGAUUCAGUCUUCUGACCAUCGCUGUUUUGACGGUGAUGCUAACAGGAUCAAUUCCUCUGACUGCCGACAUCAAGGAGUCUGUUUCGACCGAUGAAAAUGACCCCAAGGCCCCAUAUGCCGUUCCUACUCUGAUGGUGACAUCCAUCUUCCACAGUGCAUGUGCAUUCUACGCAUACACCUGGUACGUCACUGGCGGGCAGGGUCUGUUUGCCAUCGGGGUCGCCGGAUAUUCCGGUCUUGCUGCCAUUGGGCUAUGGUGUAUGCUCUUCGCCAGCAGCAAUGGAAGAAUCAGUCGCCGUACUGGGGCAGAUAAGAGGACUACUGGGUAUCCAUUCAAGAACUCUGAAGCAGCGAAAAAGCAUGGAGGCAAAAGUCUCUAA